CGCUGGUUCCCUGUUCCCUCGCCUGGCUCUUAAGGUGGCCUAGGAGCGAUGACUCGGAGCUGCUCCGCUCUGGGCUGCGCGACCCGGGACAGCGGGCUGAGCCGGGAGAGGGGCAUCUCCUUCCACCAAUUUCCUGUUGACGCUCUACAAAGGACCAGAUGGAUUCAUGCUGUUAACAGAGUAGAUCCCAAAAGCAAAAAGGUUUGGAUUCCAGGCCCUGGCGCCAUCCUGUGUUCCAAACACUUUGUAGAAACCGACUUUGAGUCAUAUGGAAUGAGAAGAAAACUGAAGAAAGGAGCCGUGCCUUCUGUUUUCCAGCGUAAGGAUUCCUGGAGCAAGUGUCAGAAAAGAAUAUCCCAAACGCUUGUCAAGCACAAGCAGCCGUUUCCUGAUGAUUCCUUCACGGAGGAAGCUGUUACCAAUGAUCACAAUUAUAGCUUAAGAAGUCCUGAACGCCGUCCAGAACAGCAGAGAAAAAUGAAGGAUGUGUUGCAGCUACCUGAAAAAACUGCUGCAGCCCAAAGGAGGAGCCUCUUCCACAGACAAAAGAAAGCUGUCCAUGUAAUUAAAGAGCUUGUUGAAAAGAGACUGCUCUCUGAAGACAUUGCAGGCCUGCUGCAGGCUCUGUUUGCAGAUUUGCCGUGGGAGCUGAGCAGCAAGAGGCCAAUGACAGCGUACACCGGAGAAAUGAAGCAGUUUGCCUGCACGCUCCACUUGUACAGCAGUAAGGCGUAUGAAUAUGUCCGAAAGCGGUUUCCUCUGCCUCAUCCUUCCAGCCUGACAAUUUGGCUGUCCACAGACAAAGCUACCCCGGGGUUUAGUGACAGUGCCUUCUUUCACCUCCAGCAAAGAAUUGAGAGCCACACCAAGGCAUACCAGUAUUGCUCGCUGGUGAUGGGGAGCGUGGCUCUUAGGAAUCGCCUCGAGUGGGAUCUCAGCACUCAGCAGCUGGCCGGGUUUGCUGACCUGGGCUCAGGCCCACUCGACGCAGGUGAAGCACCCGCGGCCUCAGAGUCCAUCAUCAUAAUGGCCGUCGGGGUCUUCGCUUCCUGGAGAAUUCCAUUGGGAUACUUCUUCGCCGGCUGGGUCUCAGGGCACAUGCUGGCCCAGCUCCUCCGACAGGCCGUCAACAAGCUGAGCCAGCUUGGCAUCACGGUGCUGUCCGUGACAUCCGCCGCCACUGCUCAUGGCGUGGCUGCAGCAAAGGCCCUGGGGGUGCUGAUCGAGGCUGGCCGCAUCCAGUGCACUUUCCAGCAUCCUCCCGGUUCUUCCCGCCGCAUUGCGUACUUCUUUGAUGCUUGCCACCUGGUGAAGCUGAUCAGGAACGCGUUCCAGUCCUUCAGUCGGCUGGCGUUUGAGGACGGCACUGCGGAGUGGCAGCACGUUGUGGCGCUUGCAGCCCUGCAGGAAGAAAAGGUGGUCCUAGAUGGCGACUCCUUGCCCGGCAAGCUCAGGAAGAGACCCGGCUACUGCUUGAAGCUGAAUCAAGCCACGCAGUUGUUCAGCGACAGCGUGGCAGGGAUGCUGGAACAUCUUGAAUUAUUGGGGCUGCCUGCGUUUCAAGACUGCAAGGGGACUGUUAAGUUUGUGCGCCUGGUCAGCAACUUAUUAGAGGUGUUCAGUAGCAGAAACCGACACGGGAAAGGAUUGAAAGGCCCUGUGUCAGCUGGGACCUAUGCCAAGGUCAGUCGCCUUCUAAGCGAGGCAAAAACUACAUUUGUCGCAUUACAAGACAGUUCAAGGAGGCGCCUCUUGAAAGGAAGAUGGAAACUGGGUUUCCUGGGCUUUUUGCUCAAUGCCGAGAGCUUGAAGUGGCUUUACUUAAAUUACAUACAUGUCGACACGGUGCCUUCCCAGUCUCUCCUGACUUUCGCUUUCAGCUUGGACCAUUUGGAAGCAUUCUUCCAAACUCUCAGACAAAUAUAUGGCAUCAGUGGUAAUCCCACAUGUACUGCAUUCCAAGCAGCUUAUCACAAGCUGCUGAUGUGUUACAGUUUUCCGCUGGGUAAGCUGGAGGACAGCCUUUUAGGAGACACAAGCACCUUGGACAUCUCUCUCAUUCGAAGAAGGGACUUAACCCUGGGUGCAGUUCGUGCGCUGUAUAGCACAGGCAUCAAGCAGACAGGGUCACUGGAUAACCUACCCUGCUUGGCUCCCAGCUUCUCCCUUUCGGUACUGAGUAACGCACUUACAGAGCUGCCGGUGUUCACGGGAGGCUGCAGCACCACUGGCUUAGUUGCUAAGAAGCUGGCAGCAGCCCUGAGAUGUGAGACGUGUGUCGCGGCCCUCUUCGCUUCUGAGGACAGACUCGAUUCAGACUGGCGCAUGAAGAUGGUGGAUGGCUUGAGUUCACCAUCAGAGUGUGUGCAGAGGAUCGUAAAAACCUCAAAGCGUGUCCUAAGAACACACACGAAACUUAAGGGUUCUAUAAUAUGUUUAAAGCAGCAGCAGUUGUCUCUAGAACAGAAAAUCUUACGUGAGCUUUCUGGGCAAGGUCCCUUUUUCCCAGAUUUAAGUGACCAUCUCUUUGACGGCGAGAUGAGCGUUUCCAAUCAUUAUACAAAACUGUUGAAGAAAAUUGUGCAGGGCUAUCUCUGCCUCAGAGCUGAGCAAGAGCAAAAAUGGGACCUAGAAGGCUGUUGGGGAGCAAAAGAGUGGAAGGUGUUUUUCAGCGGACACUCUUCUCCGCCAUCAGCUUGCAAGCACUACCUGUACCACAAUAAACUAUGAUUUUUUUUUUUACAUGGCGGUCUUGCAGUGGUGACGGGCAGCAGGAUAAGGGCUGAGCUGAGUCUGAACGGGGUAUCAGCUGAGUAGAACGAUGUGUGCUGGAGAUGCUGCUGGGCAAGUCUCUUGCCAAAGUGCUCAAAAGCUCCCGAGUGUCCACUUCUACAUUGCUACACAAUAAACGGAAAUGAAUUUUGUUGGGCAGGCCUUGAUUUUUCCAUUACCUUUGCAUCGAUGGAUGGUGUCUGUGGCAGGUUGAGAGGCUGCAUCCCACAGAGCCAUUUGGCGAAUGCUCGUGCCUUUCCCUGUUACUAGCUGAAGAAUCUCUUGCAUAGCAGAACAUGUGUGUAAGAUCUGACCUGCAAUGAAAUGUAUUGGCAGGUCAGCAGCAAGACGCCAGACUGAACUUUAAUAAUUUAUUAUUAUUAUUUAUCGGGUUUGUAUUCCGCCCUCCCAAUGAGCAGGCUCAGGGUGGAUAACAGCA